AUGGGUUGCUUUUCCUGCAUGAGCCCUCAGACUAAAGACGUGAGGGAUCGUGAUGCAGAUAUGGGUCAAAGAUCAAAUGACUUUUCAGUUGGUGGGAAGAGAAAGGCGAACACUAAUGGUAGUGCUAGUGGGAAGAAGGGAUGCUCUGUGAGAGCAAAUGACAAAGAAAGCAAUUCACACAAGGGUAAAGCUGCUCGUAGUUUCACAUUCAAAGAGCUUGCAAUGGCUACACAGAAUUUUAGGGACACGAAUUUGAUCGGUGAAGGUGGUUUUGGAAGUGUUUACAAAGCUCGUCUUGAAUCUGGCUUGGUUGUUGCUGUGAAGCGGCUCAAUCUUGAAGGACAUCAAGGGAAUCAAGAAUUCAUUGUAGAGGUUCUUAUGCUAAGUCUUCUACACCACCCUAACCUUGUGAAUUUGAUUGGCUAUUGCACGGAUGGUGACCAAAGGCUCCUCAUUUACGAGUUCAUGUCAAUGGGUAGCCUGGAGAAUCACCUAUUUGAUGUGGAGCCCGGUAAGAAGCCGCUGAGCUGGAGCACCCGACUCAAGAUAGCUGUUGGGGCCGCCCGUGGCCUUGAGUAUCUCCAUUGCAAAGCAAAUCCACCCGUCAUCUACCGUGACCUGAAAUCUUCAAAUAUAUUGCUUGAUGAUGACUUCAAUGUGAAGCUGUCCGAUUUUGGCCUCGCCAAGCUAGGCCCGGUCGGUGACAACACUCACGUUUCGACCCGUGUGAUGGGGACUUAUGGAUACUGUGCCCCAGAGUACGCCAUGAGUGGCAAGCUCACCCUAAAAUCCGACAUUUACAGCUUUGGGGUGGUCCUCUUGGAACUUAUUACGGGCCGCAAGGCUAUCGACUCGACUAGGGUGCACGGGGAACAAAAUCUCGUAGUGUGGUCCCGUCCUUUCCUAAAGGACCGAAGGAAGUUCUCGCAGAUUGUGGACCCACUUCUGGAGGGUCGGUUUUCAGCCCGAAGUCUACACCAUGCCAUUGCAAUCACAUCCAUGUGCCUUCAGGAGCAGGCGAGCUUUCGGCCCUUGAUUAGUGAUAUUGUUUUGGCGCUCGAGUACUUGGCCUCUCAGGCAGAGGAUUCUCAUAGAAGCAGAAAUCACAGCCGCACAUCAUCGUCACCUUCACAGCUGGAUGUCAGAGUUGGUGUGUCGUGA